AUGCUCCUCGACGUGCCCCAGGAGUGGUUCGCCCUCGCGCUGGUCGCCGCUCCUCUCCUCGUCACCCUCUGCUUCGUCCGACGCAUCGCCAACCGGCCCGACCACGCCCAAGCGGUGAACCUCUUUGUCUACCCGAUCAAGUCGUGCGCCGAGGUGGCUGUGCAGAGCGCCACGGCCACGCCGCGCGGGUUCGAGGGCGACCGCCUCUUUCAGUGCACGGACAAGCAUGGCAAGUACUGCACUCCGCGCGACGACGACAAGGCCCGGCUCUUCAAAGUAUCGCCGCGCUACGAGGGAGAGAGCCUCGUCCUCAGAGCCGCAAACAUGCCCGAACUGCGCCUCGCGCGUGACGCAAUCGCCGCGCGGGUGCAGUGCGAGGUGUUGUGCGCGCCCAAGCCGCUCACCCUUCUCGACGCGGGCGACGAGGCGGCCGCCUGGCUCGAGGCUGCGACGCAGAUCCCGGGCGUGCGGCUGACUGGCUUGCCUCGCGAUUCGGACCGAGUGGUGGUGGUGAACCAGGACCAGGGCGACGCGGUCCCGACCUCCGGUGCCGCACCCGUCUCGCUCGCCGACGAGGCGCCUUUCCUGCUGACGUCGGUCGAGUCGCUCGCCGACCUGAACGCGCGGCUCAAGGCGCGCGGCAAGGCUGCGGUGGACAUGCAGCGCUUCCGGCCGAACAUCGUGGUCGGCGGGCUGCUGCCGUGGGAGGAGGACACGAUCAAGCGCCUCGCGAUCGACGGCGUCGAGUUCCACGCCUGGCAGCGCUGCGGGCGCUGCAAGAUGACCACCAUCGACCGGCAGACGCUGAAGCACGGGCCGGAGCCGCUCGCCACCCUCUCCACCUUCCGCGAGCGCGAUCACGGCCAGCGUAACUUCGGGAUGCACCUCGUGCCCGCAGAAGGCUGGGCCGGCGCCGGGCGGGUGUCGGUGGGUGGCAGGCUCGAGGUGCUCGAGUACCACGAGGAGCGGCGCGCCGAGUGGCUGCGCCUCUUUCGCGGCCAGUGA